AUGCUGCAGAUCAGUGAUGUUGUACCUUAUUGUCCACUUAUAUUUUCAGUCGCCGUUAUUUUUUGUGUGAUUCUCUGGAAUAACAUUGAUAAUCUAAAAAGGCAUCUAGUUCAAGCUCCGAUAUUAAACAACCACCAUUAUGAAGAAUUUCAACUAAGUUCAGUCAAAUCCUUUUCUUCCUAUCCAACUCGCCUCCAGUUCUUGCUUAUUCUGGCCUAUUUGGCCAUCAAUGUAGCCUUUGUAGGCAUAGAUGUACAACCUCCUCAUAACCGCUGGGACCAGCUCGCUGCUGUCGUCAGAUAUCGUUUGGGCGUUCUAGCUACUGUCAAUAUGAUACCACUUUUUAUACUAGCUUUCCGAAAUAAUCCACUUGUCUAUCUGCUUGGCAUCCCUUUCGACACCUGUAUAUUGAUGCACCGUUGGCUCGGCCGUAUCGUAGCGAUUGAGGCCCUAGGUCACACAAUCGCUCAUCUCGCACAACAUGGUUUCACCCAAACAUCCCUUAAGCUAAUGAUAUCUCCCUCGAGCCCUUUCUUAUUUUGGGGAUUUAUUGCGACUAUGUCCUGCCUCCUUCUUUGCGCGUUGGCUUGGGGUCCGCUGAGGCAUGCUUUCUAUGAGACCUUUAAACAAAGUCAUGUUUGUCUAUCAAUCCUAUCAAUUUACAGCUUAUGGAGUCACUUGAGAAUAGGAAAGCUCCCCGAGCUCAAAAUUACAUAUGCUAUUAUUGCACUGUGGGCGGCCGAACAUAUCUCUCGUACUGUGCGAUUGAUAUAUCUUAAUGCACGCCGUUCAUCAGCAAAUGCACUCGUUGAAUCUCUCCCUGGUGAUGCCUGCCGAUUGUCUGUGCAUUUGCUACCAAGUUGGGAUAUUCAGCCGGGCCAAUACACUUAUUUGUAUAUCCCAUUCAUCAGCUUUUGGGAAUCUCAUCCAUUUUCAGUCGCCUGGACCAACGAGACGCAUUAUGUCAGUGACAAAUCAGGAACUCAGAUCUCUUUUGUAGUUAAGGCCAAGACUGGUAUGACUCGGAGGCUAUAUGAGAGAUCAGUCGCUGCCGGAGGCUCAAUUACGACAACUUGCUGGCUAGAGGGUCCAUAUGGCUGUCCGAGAUCUCUGGGAUCCUAUGGAACAGUAGUACUCAUUGCUGGUGGCGUGGGUAUAACUCAACAUCUACUACAGGUAAGGAGCCUUAUUCACGGCUACAACAAUGACACGGUGGCAACUCGAAAAAUAUUGUUGAUAUGGUCCAUACGUCAUAGAAAGCACAGAGAAUGGGUUAAGUGCUGGGCGGACGAGAUCUCAUCACUUAGAGAAGGAUCUGAUGUGUUUCAGAUUUUAGUAUAUAUAUCACAGCCACCUCCGCUAAGCGGAGUGCCCUGGUCUGGUUUCACCGGUCGUCCUGAUCUAGAAAGACUGAUCGCAAAGGAGCAAAAGUACCAGAUCGGGACUAUGGUUGUCUCCGUUUGUGGGCCAGCACAACUCAGUGACAGUGUACGCGAUGCUGUUCGAAAGCUCAGAGGGAACAACUCGAUUGAUUUGAUAGAAUGUGCAUUUUCUUGGUAA